CGCUCUCGCGAAAGUGCGAGAGACUAGGCGGAAGUCUCGCGCGAUCUCCCUCUGCCCGCGAGAAGAGGGGGCGAAAUCCCGACUCGGCCUCAGCAGAAUGGGGAGCGCUGUGUUUGAGGCGGUUGUUUCCCCUCCACUCAGGUGCAAAGCGGCAGCUUCCUGAGACGCUCCCGUCCCCUCGUGUGUUUAUGGGCAGAUUCGUCUCUCCUGGGGAUGGAGGCGAAUCUGCCGAAGCGAAAAGAAACGCGCAAGUCGCUGAGGAUCAAAGUCAUCUCCAUGGGCAACGCCGAGGUGGGCAAGAGCUGUAUCAUAAAGCGGUACUGUGAAAAGAGGUUUGUUCCCAAAUACCUAGCGACGAUAGGAAUCGACUAUGGCGUCACCAAAGUGCAAAUUAGAGAUCGCGAGAUUAAAGUGAACAUCUUUGACAUGGCUGGGCACCCCUUCUUCUAUGAGGUUCGCAACGAGUUUUACAAGGACACUCAGGGGGUUGUCCUAGUGUAUGAUGUUGGCCAGAAGGAGUCAUUUGAUGCACUGGAUGGAUGGAUGGCUGAGAUGAAGCAGGAGCUUGGACCUCAUGGAAACAUGGAAAACAUUGUCUUCGUUGUCUGUGCCAACAAGAUUGACUGCACCAAGCACCGCUGCGUGGAUGAGAGUGAAGGGCGACUGUGGGCAGAAAGCCGGGGGUUCCUUUACUUUGAGACCUCAGCACAGACAGGAGAAGGAAUCAAUGAGAUGUUCCAGACCUUCUAUUCCGCAAUUGUUGAUCUGUGCGACAAUGGUGGGAAACGCCCCACAUCGAGCAUGAGCGUUGGGUUCACCAAAGAGCAGGCGGACACCAUUCGGAGGAUCCGCAACAGCAAGGACAGUUGGGACAUGUUGGGAGUCAAACCUGGAGCCACAAGGGACGAGGUGAACAAAGCCUAUCGGAAGCUGGCAGUGCUGCUCCAUCCGGACAAGUGCGUGGCUCCCGGCAGCGAGGACGCCUUCAAAGCUGUCGUGAAUGCGCGGACAGCGCUUCUCAAAAACAUCAAGUAGAGGACAGAGCCAGAAAGCCCACCCUGGUGGACCCCAUGCCCACAGUUCCUGGAGAGCCAGUUGACCAGGGCAGCCCUCUCCUCCCCAGCACCCAUUACUGUCUUAGUAAUGGAGACUAGGGGCCUCCUCCUGUUUCCACUAACUGCCGUAGGAACAGGAGUUGGCCCUCGGUAGCUGCGUUUCACCAUGCGCCAGUUUCUUUCUACGGUGAGAGCUGAGCAGAGGAGCUGUGUCUUGUGCACCCAGCCUUGAGCAAGUUCCUGAUGGAGUCUGAGGCUCAGCUUCAGGGUUGGCGUAAGCAGGUACAGCUCCCCUGAAGCCAGUGGUGUUGCACUAGUUCUCACCAACAAUGGAUUUGGCCCCUGGUCUUGUUUCAGGUGAAUUCUUGAAUGCAGUCUCCCCGGCUAGGCAUUACUGGCCCUUGAGGCUUCUCCUUAGAUGAGUGGGAGGGGCUGGCUUUGAGCGCAUCAUUGUGGCUGUUUAUCCCAAUGCUAAAAACAGCAAGAGCAAUCUGGCCUACCCCAGCACAAACAAGUCUUGUGUGCUGUGGCCUGAAUCGUCAUCUUACAGCAUCGGCUCUGUGUUUGCUCUAGAUUCAAAGGCAGGACUCCAGCAGAGGCAGCUACAAAUACCUCUGAGGUUCAAGGAAACUCAGGUUAUGGCCCCUGAUUCCUUGAAACUAGUAGAGAAUGUCAGUGACCUCUGUGUUAGACACAUGGGAUCAGGGGCUGACUUGUUGGUCACAACAGGACAUAAGCCUGCCCAUUUCCUAGCCUCUUAAGUAAGGGCCCGAUAUGGAACUUGGGUGGGCAGUGAAUUGUCCCUGGUGGGAGAGAACCCUUCUCCGGCCAGACUGGGAAGCACUAUCGCUGGGGAGGGGAGGGCAGAGGAACGCAGCUUCUUGAAUGUGGCUUGAGUGCAGAGGCCUUUGCUCUUUGUGCCUAUGCCAGAAGCCCAGCGAAUUCACUAAAGAGAGCACAGCGGGGAUGAAAUGAAUGUUUAAAACCAAACGCCACGCGCCUGUGGGCUUACUGUCCGCAGGGAGAGGCUGAGCGCAAUGCACCAGGGAAUCCUAUGCCCUAAGAUUUGACUUAAAACAAUAUUCACCCCUGGCACACCGGAGCUUGCUCCAGAUUCCUGUUUCAGCAGAGUAGGCCUGAAAUGCUGAGCACCCUAAGCUCCGGUUGACUUCACAGGGAGCAGAGUGCUCAGCUUCCCUCAGGAUCAAGCCCUCUCCUGUUUGGCACGUCUAGGAAAUGACCCUUGAGACUAAGUUAUUUCAUAGGGACCAGCUAAUUCUGUGUUUCCUCGUGUGCUAAGCAGUAACACCUGUCCUGAGUCUGCAGAAGUCAAAGGCAGUCUGACUUUCACAGCCAAAAGCUUAGUUAUUUCUCUGUCUCAGAGCCAGACUGCAGAAACUUCACUCCUGGAAAUACUAAACCCAACAGGAGAGAGGUGCCUGAGGAAAGAUUAAGGAUUAAAUGGUGCUUAAACCUGCCUGGGGAGGAAAGGGUGCAAGGAACUCUAUUGUCCUCAUCCCUCUGCACCAGCAUUGCUGCUCAAAUAGCAGGAACGAUCUCUGUCCUUCUCCCCUCUCAGACUGCAAGUUGCUGGGGGCUCAGGCACCAGCCCUGCAUGGGUAGGGCUGCAGAUCCAGCAUCUGCUGCGGGCAGGCUGCUUUAUUGGGAAGGGCAUACUGUGCCCUUAAAGGGUGUUGCUGCUGCCGCCCGCAUAAAGCCACUCCCACCGCUCACCGAAGGCAGGCUCAAGGCAGGCCAGCCCAGAAGAAACACUGCAGGAUUUGCCCCAUUCACUACGAUCCUAGAGCCUGGGAGGUUUCCAGUUCUGUUGUCACUAAGCGGAGGCCAGAUGUUCUUCUUGUAGUCACACCUGGAUAAUGAUGGCAUGAAUGUCCCUUCAUAUAUGACAAGGCCCAUCUACCCAGAGUUGUCGUCAUUGCCAUAUCCUCCCAGUUACAGCCUGAAAUCUCCCACCAUGGGCUUUCUCUGGCUCGCUGAAAUAACCUUAGCAGAGGUUCUGAGCUGCUUAAACCUCACAUAUGUGUCUCUGGCCCUCCACAAACUUGGCAUGGUGCUGAUUAAGAUACCAGUGGGUACAAGCCCUUCCUGGUGGGGUUAUUCAAGUGAACAGCGUGCCCCCACAGCCCUUGCACGAAGGAUGAGGAAACUGACACAGUGAGGAAUUCUUUCAGGAAAAUACUGGCCAAGGUUUUGUUGUGCACCUCUGAAAACAGACCCCCUUCUUUUGGCACCCAAGUCUUGCACAAUUUGUUCAUUCCCUUUAAAAUUCCUCCACUACAAAUCUGCAUGCAAGGAAUGCAACUUCCUAGGGGUACCAGAGCAAAUGGAGUUAGGACAUUUGUGAGACUGGAGGUGCGUGCUUGUGUCUGUGAUGGUGCUGGAAAUAGCAAUCAUCUCUGGUCAGGCUUCUCCCAGGGGAGUGAAACCACUGCAGGUCAUUUUAUGAUGGUGUGAAGGGAAUGCUUUAGCUCUUACGAAAUGUCCAGGGUGAGACUUCCAAGCCAAAAAUGAGAGCACCACCCGUUGUAUAUUGAUCCACCUGUGCACUUUAAACUUUGACACUGUGUCAUAUGUUAUGUGGAGAGUAAGCUUUGCUUGUGGGUAUAUUUUCUCUCACUUCAAAUAAGUCUCUCCCCCUGCUUAACCUGUUAGAUUAGAAGGUCAGUCUUCUGACCAUUGUGAAUGUCGUGCAAGAUAAAAUUGCCAUAAACCCGGGUGCAGCUUCUUUGUAUUUUCACAUCCUUUUUUCUUUGUCUUGCAUAUUGUGUUGCAUUCUGGGCAUCUCAUUUAGUGAGAGUUCUCCUGACAUCAUGAUCUAAUUCUUACAAGGCUGCUGUCAGUACUUUAGGCUCAGAAUUUGGCCAUUGUGCUCCUGAGAAACUAUAGCCAUGAUUUUUGCUGGAACCACACACAAAGCUGUGAGCUCCCCCUAUGGGUCUGCAACAGCUAAUCAGCUUUCUUCCUUGCAUUUUCAUGGGUGCCAUCUAGAAAAAGACAAUCAGUAGGGGACAGAGGCUUGAAGCUAUGAAAGUACUGAACAGUGGGAAAUAAAAGCAAAUUAAAGACAAAUUCCACACACGCAUCCCCACAAUAGAGUUUUCCAUUCUUAAAAUCCAUUAUUUCAUGCAGUUGGUGCAAUUCAAGACAUCCUUUCCCUCUCACUUUCAAGGCAACUUUUCUGUCUCCCCCCCCCAGUGCUGUCAAAGGCAAUGUAAAGGUUGAUUUUUUGUUUGUUUGUUUGGCUGUGAAUUUCAUAAGACUACCUUAUUUUGAUCUACACCAGGUUUCUGAUGCCAGAUUGCAGGGAGAUUAGGCGGGGGUGGGGGAGGGAGAUCUGCUGAAAAGCAGCUGUUUUACCUCAGACAUAUAAAUAAUCAUUUGAGACAUUGCUCCAUAAGGUUAACUUUAUUUUUAAAUUUGCAACAUUUCUUCUCUCUGAAAGCAUAUUCAAAUGUUACGGGCCAGAUCCUGUGCUGGUGUUAAAUCAACACUGGAAUAUGUGGAGCUAGGUCAGUCUAUAUUCUUAAGCUCUUUGGACGCCUCCUCAUCUCCCAUGCUAAGGAAACCACGUGAUUCUGGCUUCAAACCUAGUUCUCUGUGUAUUUUCCAGGAAGGAAGGAUAAAUAAUUCUGCUGCUGGAUGGUGCAAUUCUAAGCCAUAAAGGCCAACUUCUAGGAAGAGUCUUGUUAAUGGCUGAUGGUUGUUCAGAAAUACUUCCUGUGUUCAGGGAUGCACUUACCCUUUCUGGUGUGUUGGAUAUAUAAACUGUGAAUGCACUGUGUUUUACUCUUAUAAAAAUACCUUUUAUUC